GCCGGGCAGGGCGGGGCCGGGUGCGACGGGAAGGGGAGGCCGCGCAGGCCCCGCUGCAGCCGCCGCGCACCGAGCGCCGCGAUGGGGCUGGAGACCGAGAAAGCAGAUGUCCAGCUCUUCAUGGACGACGACUCCUACAGCCGCCACAGCGGCGUCCACUACGCCGACCUGGAUAAGUUCGCGGAUUCGGGCUCCGACCGGGAUCCCCACCGGCUCAACUCGAACCUCAAGGUGGGCUUCGAGGAUGUGAUUGCAGAGCCGGUGUCUACGCACUCCUUUGACAAAGUGUGGAUCUGCAGCCAUGCCCUCUUUGAAAUCAGCAAAUAUGUGCUGUACAAGUUCCUGACAUUGUUCCUGGCUAUUCCCCUGGCCUUCGCUGCAGGAAUUCUCUUUGCCACCCUCAGCUGUCUGCACAUCUGGAUUAUAAUGCCUUUUGUAAAGACCUGCCUAAUGGUCCUGCCUUCCGUGCAGACAAUAUGGAAGAGUGUAACAGAUGUUGUCAUUGCCCCAUUGUGCACAAGUGUAGGACGCAGCUUCUCUUCUGUCAGCUUGCAGCUGAGCCACGACUGAACACUUGGAGAUUCGGAUACUGUAAUUCUUCUGUGUUGUUACAAUGUAAAAGCACUACUGUUCACUUCCCAAUUGUUCUAAUCAAGAAAAUUUUUAAGAUGAGCAACUACAUUUAGAAAUGUUUAUUGGCAGAUCUUUUCAAAUAAUCUUUUUCUAACUAAUGGCCAAGAAUUUCAUAUCAAACUUUAUAGCCAGAAUUAGAUUGCAGUAGGUUGGCAACACUUAAUGUUAAAGGCAUACAGUUUUUGUUUUAGUAUAAAAAUAUACAUUUCAUAAUGAUGAAUUUAUAAAGAUCAAGGGACAUUUCUUAGACACCAUAAUAGUUUUGUGCACAACUGCUCGUAAAAAUAUGCAAUUUCUUAUUUUUUACAUUGAAAUUAUUUUUGCAGAAAAAGUCAUGGUAAUACUUAGAGAAAAAAUAUACAAAGAUCCUAGAAAUUGCAGUAACAAAAGCAUGCAGUGGUAAUAGGAGCUAUCCAAUAUAGUAAGACAAAUUACUGUGAAAAUAGAUUCAUGAACAUCUGUUCCUUUAAAUAAGAUAUUGUUAACCUGCAGGUAUAUUUAAUAAGAUGUUUCAUUUUACUGUAUAUUUUGCACUUAAUGUAAAUGUUGCUCUAAUCAGAUUGCUUUCAAGUACUUUUAUUAUAUUUGUUAUCUUAUUGAACUAAUAUAUAGAAUGAAUAAAUGUAUCUUUCCUGGGGAACUUCAUUGGUGAGAUUGCACUGUCUUGAUUAUGUAAGCAUAUACAACUUCUUUGGGAAUAGAAUAUAAAAGAGGCUUUUCUUUUAUACAAGGCUUUUAUUUUUAAAUGUUCUAAGCAAAAAUCCUAAAAUGUUUUAUGAUUUAUGUUUUUCUGGCUGUGACCCUAAAAAUAAUCCAGAUCUAAUUGGUAUUUCAUCUAGGAGAUGCUUUCUCUCUUCUUAUAGUUAGAAAUUAAAGCUGUAUUCUUCAUUCCUAUUAAUGUCUCACUUGACCUUCAAGUAAUACUGGUGCUAUUUAAUAACACAACAUAAAGGCUGUUUUUGACACUUAAGUACUAUUUUAACUACAGGAAUUCAUGGAGAAAGACUUAUAAGAAUGUUGUCAAUUUGUUGGACCCAUGCUAUUGAACUACAUAUAUACAUAAGUUAGAUAGUAACAGAUACAGACUUUGAAGAUGUUAUCUGAUACAGAUUUUCUUUUACAGUAUAAAAUUAUUAUUUUUGAACUGUGGAGUUCUAUUUCAAUGUUAUGAGUCACUGUUCUUUUAAAAAUCUCAUUAUUCAAAAUAAUAGGCAUGUACAAAAGAUGUCUAUGAUAUAUAAGUGGUUACUAUAAUUUACACAUCAUAAAAGUAUAUAAAUGCCCAAAUUUCAGAAUUAUUCUCAGAAUCUGAAUUAACAUUCCUUUGAACAUCUUCACAAAUGACAAAUCUUCAUUCAAUGAAGAUUAAUUUUACUUUUCCAAAUUACCAGGACUAGUGAAUAUAAAGGAGAUUGAACUGGAAUACUAUUGGGGCCAAAGUAGACAGAUGAUUAAAUUAUAAAACUGAUAUUUUUUUGAAGAUAGCUACAAAAACUUCAAAAUUAGAAGAUUCUCAUGAUCAUUACCUGAAAACAUUACCACUCAUUUGACUACAUAGAUUUUAUUAUGUUAGUUAAAAAGGUAAAUCAGUUUCAUGAGUUUACAGUUAUACUAUAAAUGAUGCAACUAUGUAUUUGAAGUGUUUUUUAAAAAAUAUUUGGAUCUGUUGAUUGGCUAAAAGUAUCUGAUUAAUAAAAUAUGUAUUUAAAUAAAUCAUAUCUUUUCAAAUAGCUAUCGACCAGUUUUAAAGCCAAAAUAUACACAUAGUCAUAUAACAAAACCUGUUAACUUUUAACAAGUGAGAUAUAUGAUUUCCUUAUUUCUGAAUAGCAUUGAUUACUGUCAAAAUGAAUUUUUAUUGAGAUUUGCCGUUAAUUAUUUUAUCUCAAAGACUGAAAUUUUGUACCAAGUGGAUCCAGGUUUCACGUGCAAACAUGUUAGUUCUUUUAUUUGGGGGUGGGGCAAGUAGAUAAUGAGUCUCCAUAAUAAACUUUCUAAAAACUCA